GGGGAAGGGCAAAUCCACCCACACCCUCACGCCCUUCCUAACUCCACUCCCACUUGCUUGCAACCAAGACUUGCACCACGAGGCCAUGGGGGCAGGGAAAGUGAAUGGUGAACCAAAUCAUUCUAAGCUCUCUUUACCCACCACCUCCACCUCCACCUCCACCACCGCCACACCUCCCCUUCUUUCUCUCCCUCCCCCGUGAUGAAGAAAGAGAUGGUGGCCAACAGUAGGCAGGCAACAGUCCCUGUGGGGGGAAAGGAGGAAGAGAGAAUUCCAAGACAAGCUUCUACCUAAUGCCAAUGACACACACCAAAAUAUCCCCCCUAAAGUUAGCCAUCCCCAGUCUGUCUGAUGUGUGCCAUUACCUGCAUCGUGUCUCCUUCUUCCUGCGACUCAACUCCACUGACAUCUAAUCAGGUUAGAAAGAAACGCAUAGCUCACACUAAGUUCGUCUCAACAUAAUACUGCUGCCACUAUUGGGCGACCAACCAAGCCAAAUUGCUGUGAUGCGAGCCAUAUGUUGCACAUGGAAUCUGGUGGGUGGCCCUCACACCGUCCCUCCCUCCCCCCCUAAUAGUCUCAUCAUCAACUGUACAUCAUUGCAACUGAGCUGAGUUGUUAAGGCUGUAGAUUCUUGAAGCAAAGGGUGACUCUAUCUCUCUCUCUCUCUCUUUCUCUCUCACGCACAGGACAUCCACUGUGGGCUUCUGCUGCCUUUACACCUACCGACCUUUUGGGGGCGGCCACGGGCAGCAAGCAAUGAUGGGGUGGGUGCCUUUUGAAGCUGGUAACUGCACGGGAGUGAUGUCAUCAUGGCUCGUGAGGAGGAGGCCUACCAUGCCGUCCAAUUCCUCUCCCCCGCUUCUUUCCCAAUCAUCCAACCUUUUCCUCACCAACUUUGCCUCUAGAAGACCGUCCACGGCAGUCAAAUGCUUAUAAAUCUCCAUAUCCUUCUUCUCCGAGAGGAUAAGAUAUGUAAAUGGAUAGAGAGAUUUACGGCAAAGGCGGAGCUUAGUGAGAUAGCCAUUGAUGGGGAGGUCCCCGUGCUGCGAGAAAGCGCACACCAACAAGGGGGCGUGGACCAAGGAGGAGGACGACCGGCUCAUCGCCUACAUCCGCGCUCACGGGGAGGGGUGCUGGCGCUCGCUGCCCAAGGCCGCCGGCCUCCUCCGCUGCGGCAAGAGCUGCCGACUCCGCUGGAUCAACUACCUCCGCCCCGACCUCAAGCGCGGCAACUUCACGGAGGAGGAGGACGAGCUCAUCAUCAAGCUCCACAGCCUCCUCGGCAACAAGUGGUCACUGAUCGCUGCGCGGCUUCCCGGGAGGACGGACAACGAGAUCAAGAACUACUGGAACACCCACAUCAGGAGGAAGCUGCUGAGCAGGGGAGUGGAUCCCGUCACUCACCGCCCGAUCAACGGCCAUGGUUCCGAUACAGCCACCCAUUUCGAGAGGAAGGCUGCUGCGAUUGGCUUCGGACCAGACCAGGAGUUGGACAAGAUCAGUAGCAGCGAGGAGUCGUCGGCGUGGCAGCAGCGGCAGCCCAAGUGGCUGGACCUCAAUCUGGAGCUAUGUAUAAGCCCUCCUUCCCAACAGCAACAACCUUUAGAGCCCGUUGAUGGAGGGGGAGAGCAACCGCAAAGCCUGUGCUUUAGCUGCGGCGCUGCCGUGGGGUCGCCGAAGCGCCACAAGGAGUGCAAGUGCAGAGACCUCAUUGGCCUCAGCACUGGAAUGCUGGACUACAGAAACCCAUAGAACUCCCAGAGAAGAGAAUGUACUCAAAGAAUCCUCCAUUUCUUGGUGUGUGUGUGUCUGCGCGCGCGCAUGUAUAUCUACAGGUAUACUAGGCAGGUUUCUACCAUGGUGGCAUUGUCGUGGAUGCCUGUCAUCUCUUUGUCGAUGAAUGAAGCUAUUAUAUAUUGGCAUCUCAA